GCAGGUCCCUGACUACGGCUCCCCAGAGCCUGCCUUCAUCUAGGAUGGCUCCUCUGGGCAUGCUACUUGGGCUGCUGAUGGCCGCCUGCUUCACCUUCCGCCUCAGUCAUCAGAACCUGAAGGAGUUUGCCCUGACCAACCCAGAGAAGAGCAGCACCAAAGAAACGGAGAGAAAAGAAACCAAAGCUGAGGAAGAGCUGGAUGCCGAAGUCCUGGAGGUGUUCCACCCGACGCAUGAGUGGCAGGCCCUUCGGCCAGGGCAGGCUGUCCCUGCAGGAUCCCACGUACGACUGAAUCUUCAGACUGGGGAAAGAGAGGCAAAACUCCAAUAUGAGGACAAGUUCCGAAAUAAUUUGAAAGGCAAAAGGCUGGAUAUCAACACCAACACCUACACAUCUCAGGACCUCAAGAGUGCACUGGCAAAAUUCAAGGAGGGGGCAGAGAUGGAGAGUUCAAAGGAAGACAAGGCAAGGCAGGCUGAGGUAAAGCGGCUCUUCCGCCCCAUUGAGGAACUGAAGAAAGACUUUGAUGAGCUGAAUGUUGUCAUUGAGACUGACAUGCAGAUCAUGGUACGGCUGAUCAACAAGUUCAAUAGUUCCAGCUCCAGUUUGGAAGAGAAGAUUGCUGCGCUCUUUGAUCUUGAAUAUUAUGUCCAUCAGAUGGACAAUGCGCAGGACCUGCUUUCCUUUGGUGGUCUUCAAGUGGUGAUCAAUGGGCUGAACAGCACAGAGCCCCUCGUGAAGGAGUAUGCUGCGUUUGUGCUGGGCGCUGCCUUUUCCAGCAACCCCAAGGUCCAGGUGGAGGCCAUCGAAGGGGGAGCCCUGCAGAAGCUGCUGGUCAUCCUGGCCACGGAGCAGCCGCUCACUGCAAAGAAGAAGGUCCUGUUUGCACUGUGCUCCCUGCUGCGCCACUUCCCCUAUGCCCAGUGGCAGUUCCUGAAGCUCGGGGGGCUGCAGGUCCUGAGGUCCCUGGUGCAGGAGAAGGGCACAGAGGUGCUCGCCGUGCGCGUGGUCACACUGCUCUACGACCUGGUCACGGAGAAGAUGUUCGCCGAGGAGGAGGCUGAGCUGACCCAGGAGAUGUCCCCAGAGAAGCUGCAGCAGUAUCGCCAGGUACACCUCCUGCCAGGCCUGUGGGAACAGGGCUGGUGCGAGAUCACGGCCCACCUCCUGGCGCUGCCCGAGCAUGAUGCCCGUGAGAAGGUGCUGCAGACACUGGGCGUCCUCCUGACCACCUGCCGGGACCGCUACCGUCAGGACCCCCAGCUCGGCAGGACACUGGCCAGCCUGCAGGCUGAGUACCAGGCGCUGGCCAGCCUGGAGCUGCAGGAUGGUGAGGACGAGGGCUACUUCCAGGAGCUGCUGGGCUCUGUCAACAGCUUGCUGAAGGAGCUGAGAUGAGGCCCCACACCAGGACUGGACUGGGAUGCCGCUAGUGAGGCUGAGGGGUGCCAGCGUGGGUGGGCUUCUCAGGCAGGAGGACAUCUUGGCAGUGCUGGCUUGGCCAUUAAAUGGAAACCUGAAGGCCA